AUGGGAAGCAACGGCAUACGGUUUUCCAUUUCAGAUCUUUCGCCUCCGCGGGCCCGAUUGCUUAAAUGCGUCUAUCGCGAGCGGGCAGCCAUCUCGCUGUUCGACGCGCUGAAUGCAAACUCUACAGGGCCUAGUGGCCCCCUAACAUUUCCUGAAUCAACAAUUGCGGAGGUGUCCCAGACACUGGCACGUUUUCGAUCCAUUGCAGUAGACGACUAUGGCGUGCCCCUGUCCCAGAUCUCCGUCUUCGCGACGGAGGCAAUGCGCCGGGCUGCAAACGCCGGAGCUAUUCUAGAUGCCAUCAAGACAGCCGCGCCGGGACUGAGCGUGCAGAUUCUCGCUCCUGAAGUGGAAACGCUGUUCGGUGCCAUGGGCGCACGGUCGGGUUUUGUUGCCGUCAAGGGGCUGUUUCUGGAUCUGGGUGGCGGCAGCGUUCAGAUGACGUAUAUGGAUUCUUCAUCUGACGUUCAGCCAAGUUACGAGAUUGCAGCUGCCCAAGCUGGUGAAAGCCUGCCAUUCGGUGCGGCGAGGCUCAUACGGGUGCUGGAGACUGCUAGCGCAGAUGUCAAAGCAAUCGAGGAAGCGAAACUCAGCACGGGUAUGGCUCGGGCGUUCUCCGUGCUGAAGGAGAAGUUCCCCAGCCUGGCGGAAACUGGUCAUGGCGAAGCAAAGGACGGCGUUGAUGUUUAUCUCUGCGGCGGUGGUUUCAGGGGCUACGGCAGUAUUCUCAUGCAUAAUGAUCCCAUACAGCCCUACCCCAUACCAUCCGUCGGGGCUUACACGGUUUCCGGAGAUCUAUUCAAAGAUACGAAGACCAUGCGAAAGUUGAACGCGGAAUACGAGGGCAAGAUCUUCGGCAUGUCGAAACGCAGGCGGCACCAGUUCCCAGCGAUCGCCACCGUCAUCGAAGCGCUCGUCCAGGCUGUUCCCAACAUUAAGUCGGUCACAUUCUGUGCUGGCGGAAACCGAGAGGGUGCCUUGGUGUUGAAACUGCCUCGAGACAUCCGCGAGAGGAAUCCAUUGCCAUUGCUCGCUUCAGUAGAUGGCAAAUCUGACUUCGAUUCUAAGACCACGGAAACAGUGCUUGACUCUUUAUUAGCGGCGAUACCGUCAGACAGAGACUUAUCUCGCAUUCCAUCAAUAUUCAGCCUGGGUCUGGCACCGCUGUUUGCACGAGAGAUUUGGGCGCGUUCGGGAGAAGACGACGACUCGAACGCGGCACAUGCUCUCCAUAACGCAGUACACGGAUAUCCGAGCUCGCCGGGCCUGACGCAUCUGGCCCGAGCCGUGCUAGGUCUCACGCUUUGUGCCAGAUGGGGAGGCGGGCUGGCUCCAAUCAACAUGCAGCUUCACCACAACCUCAAGGCUCUUGUCGAGAGGGCAGAUCCGGAGGCAAGCUUUUGGGCAGAAUACAUUGGUGCAUCUGCGGCAGCAUUGGCACGAGUAAUUUCUGCCUGGCCGGCUGGAAGGAGCGUGAUCGACAUCAUAAGAUUUGAAGCCAAGAUGAACAGCAACAAGAUCGAACUGAAGAUACUUGUUGCACAUGAGUCUACAAGAGGCAUCAGUCCCGCUGACCUGUCCAGUUUAUUCAAGAAUGUGGGCAAGCGCAAACACGACAACAAGAAGGCAGACAAAAAGGUCUUCGUCACCGUGGAGAAGGUGGCCGAGUAA